UGGAUGGUGGUCGGGGUCCUUCUGCGGGGGGCCGGAUCUGGGGGGGCGCGGGUUGGAGGGGAAGAAGAGACCUCUCGCUGCAUUUUAAGAGAAGGGGAUUGAAGGGAGAGUCGGUUUCCUCCCCGCCCCCCCGCGCCUGCUGCUGCUUUUGGACCAAGGGCCCUGGCCGUGGGAAACUGGCCCACCCCUGCCUUAAAUGACCUUGUACAAACCAUCGUGGCUAUUUCACCCAGGCAGCCAAGCCUCAACCAGAAGAAGUCACAAAAAGUCAACAGACCCAACGCAUUAGGAAAUAGAGAGGAAAUACGACUCAGCAUACUUCCAAGAAAGAAGAUGAAUCUGGAGAAGGGUGGAUGAUUAUGGGAUGGCUCGUUAGUGAGUCACUUCCAGAAACUUGCUCAAUCCCAGUCCAGCAGAUCUAAGACAGCAUUUCUUGGAGAAGGAAGGUCUUAACGUGGCUCUGUCUCCUGCUCUUUCUUUCAAAUCGAUCCAGAUGGGGACCUUCACAGGACAUUAUGAAUUCUACAUUGGCCUAGCCUUGGCUCUGACCUCCAGCCUAUUUAUUGGAAGUAGUUUUAUCCUCAAGAAGAAGGGGCUUCUCCGGCUGAACAGCCGAGGGGCCGUCAGAGCAGGCCUGGGGGGUCAUGCGUAUCUGAGAGAGUGGCUGUGGUGGGGAGGACUAAUAUCCAUGGGAAUUGGAGAAGCUGCGAAUUUCGCUGCCUAUGUUUUCGCCCCAGCCACGCUGGUUACUCCACUAGGGGCGCUUAGCGUUUUAGUCAGUGCAGUUUUAGCCUCCUAUUUCCUGAAUGAGCGGCUGAAUAUCCAUGGAAAGAUUGGCUGUCUCCUGAGCAUUUUAGGAUCUACUGUGAUGGUGAUUCAUGCUCCCCAGGAGGAAGCGGUUUCCAGUCUGGACUCAAUGUUGGAGAAACUGAAGGAUCCAGGAUUUAUCGUGUUUGCCAUAUGUGUGCUGGUGAGUUCAGUUCUUCUCAUCUUCGUGGCUGGACCUCGCUACGGGCAGAGGAACGUCCUGGUGUACAUCCUCAUCUGUUCGUCCAUCGGCUCGCUUUCGGUUGCUUGCGUCAAAGGCUUAGGCAUUGCCAUGAAAGAGCUGUUUGCCGGGAAGCCCGUCUGGAAAGAACCGCUGGGCUGGAUGCUUUUCAUUUCCUUGGUGGUCUGCAUCAGCAUCCAGAUCAACUACCUCAACAAGGCCUUGGACAUCUUCAACACAUCUGUGGUCACGCCCAUCUAUUAUGUCCUCUUCACCACAGCCGUCAUGACCUGCUCUGCUAUUCUGUUUAAAGAGUGGCAGCAUCUGGUUCUGAUGAACAUUGUUGGCACCGUAAGUGGCUUCCUCACCAUUGUCCUUGGCAUCUUUCUUCUCCACGCUUUCAAAGACGUGCCUUUCGCUGCAGAUCUGCUGCCCGUUUUCCUGAGACAUAAACAAAAAGAUGUACCAGCAGCUUCAUGGAGAGAGAGAGAAAAGGAACGGUCUUGCCUCCACCAGCCUCUUCUGGAUCCAGAGUUCGUAGAGAAAGAAGGGACAGAGAAGCAACAGAGUUUAUGAAAGCUAAGGUAUUAGACCUGUUGGCUAAAAACCAUAAACUGUAAGCUCUUUUAGAUUUCUAAAGGCUCACCAGAGAAUUUUUUCCAGGUAAUGCAGAACUAUUUGGGAACCAUUUCCUCAGAAAUUAGUGUUUUCACUGGCCGCAUACUUGAAUCCGGUGGAGGUCCUGUUGGAUGCAAGCUGAUAGACAAGCAGUGGCUUUGGGGCUGGAUUUAAGUUCCUUUCUUUCCAGCUUCCAGAAAUGGACAGACCAGGUCCAGAGUUUUAUGUACCUGUACGGGGCUUGGGGACAUAUUGAUAGCCCCCCGAGCACAUAAAACCACUCUUGAAAGCAUUCAUUUCAAAAGUGGUUGGGUGAUGUGGCAUGGGUAGGGUGUGUUGUUUAAAAAAAUGUAAAUAUGAGUACCUCUGUGAGCCUUUCGUACCAGAGACAAGAAUGGACAAGCAAUCUUGUCCCAUCCUGGGGAUCUGAAGAGGGACCACGGAGAAGAUGGACAGGAGCAAGAGACUGACAUCUGGACAGAGAGGGGCAUGGAACAGGCAAGGAUUCUUUUUCUCCUUCCCUUCUGAGUCACAGAUACGAACCGGAAGAACGCAGAGGAAAAGAAGCUGGAACAGCUACAGACAUUGAAGGCAGAGUAACCAUAAAGAGAGAAGCAGAAUUUAGCUUUUUAACAGACAUGAGAUCAAGCUCACAUAGAAAAAAAGCAUAGGCCUAUUGAAAUGUGUUCACAAACUUUUACCCUCAAGAUGCAGGUCUUUCUUAUGGAAACACAGCUGCUCUCUGCAUCGGCUCCAGCAUUCUGCUGAUUUUUGAAUGUACAAAGCCUUCCAGGCUGACUUAAGGUUUACAAGUUAUUUAAAAUAAAUACUUUCUUUAUAUGACGACAUAAUAUCUUGCAAUAUGUUGCAGAUGUAAAACGUGACUUUAAAAAGUGUAAGGGUAUGUUCCAAACAUGUUUCUUUUGCUGUUUGGUAUCUUAAUUCUUAACUAAUUCUUUUCCUUUUUUUUUUUUAGGAAGAAUUAGUCACUUAUUUCAUGUCCAGGAAUAGACUUGCACUUUCAUCAAACUUUUGUGUUGGUGGUCAAUCAUUGGAGUGAAUUUCUAGAUCACAUUCCUUGCCUUAUCUGUGCCUAUAAAGUUGGGCAUGACUUGACAUCAGGUGCCAUUUGUUGUAGAAACAUUUUCCUCACUGUUUUCUUUCUAGCUGCACCACACAAUCUAGGAUGGGCGACUGGCCAUUUAAGUGCAGAAAAGUGACUUGGCUAGACUUUUGUUCCUUUGGGGAACUAGGAAAACCAAGCCUUAGGACUUCAGUCUAGAAGAGUGAAACCACCAGUCCAAAUCAGCAAAGGUCAGGGAUACCAGUCUCAGGUUUCUCAUCUGUAAUAACAAAGGCUCCUUCUAAACUUCCAGCUUUCUUCUUUUUCACCCAGCAAAUUAUUUAAACUUGGUUCCACCAUACCAGUCGCCCUAGCAAAAGUUGCAGAAUUAUCCUUUAACAUUUCAGUCAUAGCACAGGGCUGUUUCCUUUGUAUACAGUUAGUCCCCAGUUUAGAAAUGAGUUCCAUUCCUUAAGUCAAAUCUGUAUGUAAGCUGGAACAGUAUUAUUGUAUAAUACUGUGUAACUAGCAUUGUGUAAUUAAUUU